UUUAAAAGCAGGGAAAAGGCACAGGUUCACCACUUUCGAACCCCCGAGGUCUCUACGAUGGAUCCCUACUCCUUCUCCUCAUCGGCGGCCAUGGCUCAGCAGACAUGGGAACUCGAAAACAACAUCGUAACAAUGGAAGCCCCGCAGUCUUCCGAAUCUGAUGCCAUCUUUUACUACGACGAGUCCGCUCAGUCCAAGUUCCAGCAAGAAAAACCGUGGUCCAACGACCCUCACUACUUCAAACGUGUCAAAGUCUCUGCUCUAGCCUUACUCAAGAUGGUCGUUCAUGCUCGCUCUGGUGGCACCAUCGAGGUCAUGGGCCUUAUGCAAGGGAAGACAGAUGGUGAUGCUAUUAUCGUAAUGGACGCCUUUGCCUUGCCGGUUGAAGGAACGGAAACUAGGGUUAAUGCUCAGGCCGAUGCCUAUGAGUAUAUGGUUGAUUACUCUCAGACUAAUAAACAGGCAGGAAGAUUAGAAAACGUUGUUGGGUGGUACCAUUCACAUCCUGGUUAUGGAUGCUGGUUGUCCGGCAUUGAUGUUUCAACACAAAUGCUCAACCAACAGUUUCAGGAGCCGUUUUUGGCAGUUGUUAUCGACCCAACAAGAACUGUUUCUGCUGGAAAAGUUGAGAUUGGAGCAUUCAGGACAUACCCAGAGGGAUAUAAGCCACCAGAUGAGCCUGUAUCUGAAUAUCAGACAAUCCCUCUUAACAAGAUAGAAGAUUUUGGUGUCCAUUGCAAACAGUAUUACUCAUUGGACAUCACUUAUUUCAAGUCAUCUCUUGAUUGUCACUUGUUGGAUCUUCUUUGGAAUAAGUAUUGGGUGAAUACCCUUUCUUCUUCUCCUUUACUUGGGAAUGGUGACUAUGUUGCAGGACAAAUAUCAGAUCUUGCUGAAAAACUGGAGCAAGCAGAAGGUCAAUUGUCCCACUCACGUUUCGGUCCUCUCAUAGCACCACCUCAAAGAAAGAAAGAGGAAGAAUCACAGCUUGCGAAGAUUACACGCGAUAGUGCAAAGAUAACUGUGGAACAGGUUCAUGGUUUGAUGUCACAGGUGAUCAAGGACAUUCUGUUUAAUUCGGUUAGGCAAUCAAACAAAUCUCAGGGAGAGUCAACAGGGCCCGAGCCUAUGGUUCAAUCUUGAAGAUGCUCUCUUUCUUGAUAUUAUGAUUGCUUUACUUGAGAGAUGCUGCAUUACUUUUCUUUUUACUCAUCAGUUUUGUUGCUUAUUCAUACUAAUGUGAAUGUCCUUGAUAUUUCUCUUCUAUUUGGGUUUUAAAAUGUGAAAAUUAGCUUAUAGCUUCA